AUGAAAAAGUUGUAUACUAUCGAUAUUUUUGUGAUCUUAAUUUCCUUAUUUAUCUUGACUCCCACUACCUUUCAAGAUGUUCUUGACAAAACGAACUAUGAUGGAGUCACAUCAAGUUACAACUAAUAUCCUAGAUUUUAUGGUGGCUAAGGUAUUUAUCUUUAAAAUACUAUUUCCAACGUUAAUAACUACACACUAACUCUAUGGAUGAAAUUAAGUGAUUAUCCAUGGGAAAUAAGGAAAGACUUUGAUAUUAUUUCUUUUGCUCCUGACAGCUUAUCAAUUAGCUUAAAUCGUAACAAAGAUCUUACUGCCAUUAGUGAUAGAGGGGGACAACUGAGAAUUAGUGGAGAGCAAUAAGUUAACAAUUGGUAUAUCAUAAUUCUGAGAUCAUCAUAAGUUAAGUCAGAUUUCUAAAUCAGAGAUUAGCUGUUCAUCAGAGUUUCCCAAGAUUCUUCGACUAGCUUUUUUCCAACGGGUUAAACUUCAUUAAAUUUAGAGUAAACCGUCAUUGGAAUAGAUAAAGACAGGAAGAGCAAUGGCUUUAUGGGUAAUAUUAGAAACAUAAAGUUGCUAAGUUUAUACCUCGAUGAUUCAUAAACUUAAAGAAUACAAUUUACAAAGUUGCUUCCAAUGAGAGACUUGAAAUUAUAACUUUCACUAUUUGAUGUUAACAGCAUUUCCAAUGAAGCUGAUAGAGCAGUAGGAGAACUAAUAAGAACUAGUAACAUAGGUCCAACUAACUAAAUUGACUAUCUAGGGAGUUUAGAUUGCAGUGUUCCGCAAAAUGGGAAUGUAUAAAUAGUAAAAUUUAGCUAAGGGAAAGGACUUGCAUAAAUCUCAAUUCCUACUAAUCUAUUCACUCCAGCAACUCAUGUUAACACAACACUUUAGAUGUGGUUUAAGAGAAAUGCAUACCCAAUGAUAAAUACUUUGACUCAUCCAGUAGAAGAACUAUUCAUUCACUAAAACGUCACUAGCAUGACUUUCCAAAUGAAUGAUUAUCAAAAUAUGAAGAUAGCUGGUAGAGAUGGUAAAGCUAUUACAACUAAAACUGCUUUUAAUAGAUGGAUGUAUCUACAAGUCAUAUCUACUAAUUUAUAGUUGAUUGCAACAAUUUAUGAUUACGAUGGGGUUCUCACUUCAACAAAUACACUUACUUAUUCUAAAUCAUAUACUACUAACUCAAGAAUCAUUAAUUUAGCAACAAAUUUCAAUGGAUUUAUCUAUGCAUUCAAGCUAUUCAAAACAGCAGUACCUCCUACUAAUGGAAUAUAUAAUAUGGAUUAUAGAGUUGAAAUUAAUUCAAAUGCACUACUUUAUUUCAUUUUUACAACAGUUGGAUUAGCUUAAGACUCCUCAUUUCAAAACUUGGUAAAUCAAGGAACCAGUUUAACAGUUUAGACUACUGGAACUAGAGUAUAUGCAAGUGAAUUUCUAACAUAAAUGGGAACAACUUAUACUAAUAUGAGCAUCAAUUAUCCCAAUUAUUUCAAUGGCUUUACUUGUACAGACUAAUAUGAAAAAUUAUUCAUGACUGAUGAUUCUAGUUAUGCUGUUACAAAUUUUACUUUGAAUUCAACAUUGUCCAGUUAUACUGUUGAAUUUUGGGUGAGACCAACUUAAACUAUCUCAGGGAGCCCCUUUUUCUUAGCUUUAUAAGAUACCACUAGAUAGAAGCAAAUCUUUUUAAGUAUUAUUUAAGAAGGCACUAACCUCUAUUGCUAUCCAUUUUAUACAUAAAAUGUUACUUUAAAACUUGAUUAUCUGGAUUACUUAAAUAAUAUACAGGAUUGGAUACAUAUAGUUUGUGGAUUAAAUGGCUAAUAAAGUAGCAUUUAAGGCUAGCUUUACUAUAAAACUAAUGAUUUUACUUACUUCGCAGAUUUACCUUCUACAUCCCAGUAAAAUUUACUUUAAAAUUAAUACCAACUGUAUUUGAGCUAAAACCCUUUGAUCAUGCGCAAUGGAAUACCUAAGUCUUAUUUUAGUGAAGUAAGGUUCUGGGACUAUCUUAGAGAUCAAUAUCAAAUCAGAUCUUAGAGAUUCAUGAGACUCAAUAUUACACUUGAGAGAUAAAAUCUUUACUCUUAUAUGAAACUAGCAUAUUCAAACUAUGGAGGGGUUGUCAAUGAAAUUGAUUUUGCUGAUGGUAGUUUACAAAAAGAGAUAUAGUUUAAAAAUGUCAAAUGGCAAUAAAGUAAAGAUUUGCUAAUUUGUCCUGAGGGAUAUUACAGAGGAGAAAUAAAAGAUUAUAAUUGCUAUUUAGAUGGGAUAAUUAACCUUGAUUUAUCAAUUUACAAGUUCUAGAAUCGUUACAUUGUCACACCUAAAUAUUCAACUUUCCGUAAUUCAUUCGUUAGAGAGAAUGUUGGUAAUUUAUAUGAUUUUUCCUGGACUCUUGAUAGUACUGACACAUCAAAUGCAACGAAUACUAAGAUUUUUCCAUCAUAUUUUAAUCCAUAAUCUAAAAACUAAGAAUUAAGCUUUGAUUACGAUAUGGUAACUGAUAGACCUGCUAAAUAUGAUUUCACAUUAAAAGUAUCAGAUAAGAACAACAGGCAAAAAUCUUAGAAAUAAUCAGUUUCACUUAAAACUUAUCGUUGUGCUAAUAUCUUUGAUUCGACAACAAAGUAAUCAUUGGUCUUUAUGGAUAUGUAAUCAACCAAGACAGUUGAAAAUGCAGUAUUUCAAUAUGAAUACAGUGAUUGCUCUGAUUACUAGCUAGAUUAAUCAGCUAUGUCAUUCAGUAUUGAUAUAUCUGGUGUUACCUUACUUUCAAGUGAUCAUAACAGAGAAGCUAAAACUUUUACCUUAAGAAAGUAACAAUAAUCAAAUAUUCCAUCAAAUGAUUACUUCUAUAUAAGAAUAAAAGGUGUCUGGAGAAGUUCAAUAAAUAGAAACAAUAUUAUUGAAUAUAAUUUAAUCUAUGCUUGUAGAUAUAUUGCCAAGCUCAUAAUCACUCUUACUCCAUCAUAUAACAUUGUAGCUUUAGGCUAAACUUUAUCGAUUGAUUAGCAAGCCAAAUUUUACAAUCUCAAUAAAGCAGUUGAGAAUAGAGAUUACUCUGGCUAUUGGACUUGUCCGGGAAAGCUCUUUGAUUUCUGUAGAUCUUAAACUACUACUUCUCUUAAACUAAACUAUGAUUAAGUAGUAAAUAGUGGCAUAGAAUUAUGGAAAUCUUAAAAUAUUUCAUAUACAGCUAAUUUAAAGUUCAUUUAAGGAGAUGGAACUCGAAUGAGUUCUGCAAAUGUUUUUAUAACUUGGAUGAACCUUAGACCAAGUGCAAAUUUGACUCAAAUUAAUAAGAGCAUAAUAGCUAAUAGAUUAAUUACCUAUUAGCUGGAUAUAGCUUCAAUGACAGAAGAUCAAAUCUCUAUAAAAUGGUCUACCUCUCCUCAAAUUAGCAAUAAUUGCUUGAUAAAUGGAAUUGAUAGGAAAUAGUUUGUUUUCAAUAGUUCUUGCUUGAGUUCAAGUACAAACUACACCUUAUAAGCAGAUGUUUACUUUAAAAAUCAAACUUAAUUGCUUGUAACUCGCAGUACUAAAAUGUACAUUUAAUCAGGACCCACUGGUGGAAAAUUUACUUGCUCACCUACAUCCGGUAAAGCUUACUAGGAUGACGUUAAAUGCACUUCAACUGGUUGGUAGUCAGAUUAAUUACCACUCAGAUAUUAGUAUUUCGCCACUGAUAAUUUGAAUAACUUGGUUGCACUCUCUGCUUUAUCAAUUUUCCCUGACAUUCAAUUCAAUACACCUCCUACUAAUAGAAUAACAAUAAAAGUUGUUGAUUUAGAGGGUAAAUCUACAACAUCAUUCAUUACGGCAUCAUUUACUCACUAGUCGUCUUAGAACAAUCAGACACUCAAUAAAAUUAAGCAAGUGAUUGCCAGAAAUAAUCCAUAGGUCUUAAACACCAACCUGGUGGCUGAUCUGCAAUCAGCAGCAUUCCUAUUAAAUAUGAACUAAAACUCAAUUGACUCAGAAAAUGCAGAUUAACUUAUGAAUGAUUUAGUUCAAAUGGUACAUUCAUAAUCAUUAAGUUUAAGCAGCUUUAAUAGUUCAGACUAGAAGUAAUACUUCAUUCAAGGGGCUUUGCAAAUAUUUAUACAGUUAUCAAAUUAUUCCAAGUCGUUCUAAAUAGAUAGUCUGAGCAUGAUCUAGGAAUCAAUCAAAUCAUUUUUAAACUAAACAUAAUUGUAAGAGAUGAUUAAUGACCAGGAGUUUAAUGAAAAUUUUAUGCAAAUUUAAGCAAAUAUACUAUAAAAUCUCUAUAAUUACCAACUCAAAGGUGCUUUUGUAGAUUUAUCAAAUUCCUAAGCUGAUAAGCUAGCAAGUAUUUCUUCUUAAAUGAGGUCAAUAAUUGAUAGGUAUGAUAAAAUGAUAGCAAGUCAACUUAGUGAGGGCUAAGUAGUUAAAAUUGUUAAUAAUGCUUUCAACAUGACAUUAUAGAAAUUUUCUAGACUUGCUAAUUUGCUUUAUGAUAUAAAUUCAUUUGACAGUAAUAUGCUAUAAUAUCAAUAUCCUUUGUCAAGUGCGCUCCAACCUACUGAGAGAUAAACUCUUACAGUAAUUAACUUUGAUAUAAGUCCAUUUAUUGGAAGUAAAUUCUUCAAUCAAUCAGCUAUCUCAAACAACUCAAUUUACUUUUCCUAUCGAGAUAUGAAUGGUAAUUAUCUUAGUGGUGAUAAUAUCCUAGGAAAGAUUUAAAUGGUCUUUAAAUAUUAGUAUAGUCCAUUAAAUAACAUAGUAAAUUAAACUACAUGCGGUUAUAUAAACUCAGAUGAAACUCGAUGGGAAAACUCUUCAUGCGAUGUGAUUUUCUUAAGAUCCGAAAAUAAGAUAAUAUGCCAAUGUAGGCAUAUGUCAUUCUACUCAAUCAUUGAUGAUUACUUAAUAAGAGAAUCUUCAAGCAUAUAUUAUCUAACUUUCAAUAACUGGUAUUCUAUCAUUCCAUUCGGAUACAUGCUUCUUUUGUUCAUAUUUGGCUUGAUAUACACUUAUAGUAUGGACAAUAGAGACUACAGAGAAUUGAAUAAAUCUGAUGAUACACUAGGAAAUGAGUUGGUUGAUGUUAAUUCACUUUCAAUCUAGUCUUUAGUUUUCAGAAAGAAAGUUUAUUACUCAGGAUUCGGGCAGAAAUAUUCAUUUUGCACUUUUUUCAGAUUAAUUAUAAUGCAGAUACAUCCUCUGUUUUAGAUAAAAUAUUCUUUUGAUCCCCAACUCCCUAGAUUCUAUAAGUUCAUGUUUCUUUAUACAAGAAUCAUGAUUAUAUUAGGUGUUUCCUUUUACUUUACUAGAAAUUACAAUGACUAUUAUGAUGUCAAAGAUGAGGACGAUAUAUUAAUGACUUUGAUAAAAAUAUUCGGAAUAGUUUUGGGGGGAGCUCUAAUACUUCCACCACUGCCUUAUUUUUUAUUUUGCUGCUGUAGAUCAAGAUAUUUUCUCAUAAGAAAUAAAAUUAGGCCAGGAUCAGACUUUGAAAAUGAUGGUCCAAAGAAUUAGCCAGCAAGCACUAAGGAUAUUGAAAGAUUUACCAAUGUUAUAAUAGAUCCGAACUUGCCAUUAAAGCUUCUCUUCUUUUUGAAUCAAGCUAGUACUGAUAAAAUAUUAAGAGAAUAUAAAGACAAUAUGGAGUACAGCUCAGGUGCAGCAACUAAAUUAGGAGAGAAGCUAUUAGAGUUGGACGUUGAUCUGCACAUAUCAAGGUAACUACCAAAUACUGAAAACGAAAUCGGAGAAUAAACUGCUAGAAAGUUUAAUGCAGCCGGAGACCAAACACCUGAAAAAUCUGAUAGACACUCAUCAAAGAGAAAUCUAAAUGAAGAAAAUAAUGAUCAUCUGUAGCAAACUAGUCUAAAGCCAACAGCAAUUUCAGCAGGUUUUGAAUCUAAAGAAAAAUUCAUGUCUGUUAAUUCUAUAUCGAGGCGGAAAACCUAAGCUAUAAAAUUUCAAAGCACUUCUAGUCCGGAGAGAAGAGCGAAAACAUAAAUAAUAGAUCAUAACGAUCUUGAUUAUGAAAUAAGAGAAGAUGAGGAAUAAAAAGCAGAUUUAGACAUAAACAAACAGAAAAAUCCCCAAUUUUAAAAAUAAAAUUAAUUAAUUAGAAACGAUGAUACAAGCCCAGAACAGCAUUAGUAAUACUUUACUGACAACUAUAUUAAAGGCAUGAAUUAAAACUAAUCAAACUUCUCAAAACAAAAUUUGAUGGAUGUUUAAUAACACUACGAGGAUAAAAGCAAAUCUGACAUUAUGAUGGAUAGCUAUAUUGGUAGUCUAGAAUCCUAAACCUUUUAUGACGACAAAAAAGAGUUGGUAGAAAAUACAAACUACUGCGGAAGGCUGUUUGGUAAUAUACUUGCUUUUAUAAUAAACAUGGGAAUUUUACUAGUUGUAUUCUACUUGUAUAUCACUGAGAAGUAUUACUUAGAGAGUGAUCAUUAUAUCUGGGUCUGCAUUUUCUUUGCUGCUUAGAUUCUUAGUUUCUUUAUCCUUGACUUUGUUUACUUGUUCUUCAUUAGUGUAACAGUAUCUAGCUGUUGUCGCAAAAGUAAGACUUGCAAGGCUAGAAUGAUGCGAGAAUGUUUGAAUAUUUAUGAAGAUUAUAAAUAUGUAGUAAAUUUUACUGAGACCAAGAUCGAGUGA